AUGACGGUGAAAAUACCCAUGUUGAAUUCGACGCAAUGCGGAGUUCAGACUAAUCAGGUGGGAUACUUGAUUUUUGGUAACUUGGAAGUUUAUGGCCGCAUGUGGAAUGGCUAGGUGUGGGUAACGGUUGCGAAGUGGUAACCGUAAAGGAUAAUUUCAGCCCUGAAAAGGCUUAUCAAACAUUUUCGAUUCAAUUUUUUGAUUCAAAGAUUAAACCGCAGAUCUUUGAGCCAUUCCAGGUGCGGCCAUGAAGUUUCAGGUAAAUCCUCUUUUUUAAUUUGAGUAGCGCUCUGAAGAAAUGAAUUUCCUCGGACUUUAGAAGCAAGGUCGAUUUCAAACAUUUUAAAGUCGUCUUCAUGAAACGUUUUUUUUUUAAAUUUUUCACUUUAAAAGCUCUAACAAAAUUUUAAAGUCGUAUAAUUCCAGACCAGCGGCGCCUACUCGGUAAAACUAAUCGUGAGCCCCGUAGAAGGCCUCAUCGUAGAUGGAUUCACGGCAGUCAGUGUCCGAUGUCUUUAUUCGACUCAAGACAUCACAUUGACCCUUCCUCCAGGUCCGAAUGGCACUUCUGGGCUUCAGGUAUGUCUAAAUACUCUAAAAAGUCCCAUUUAUAAACAGUAAAUAUGAACUUUCUAGACAAAACAAGCUUGUAUUUGCAACUUAUCCUUCAAAUCACACACUAUUUUUAUUCGUAAAAUAUUUCAAAAAGACGAUCGACGCUCCAAAUUACUCCUUUUUUGGAAGUAGUUGAAAACUUUUUCCACACAAAUCCCUUACAUAAACUCUCUUUUUCAAUGAAAAUUGGGGUCUUCAAUCCAGAAAUUCCCACGUUACCUUUCUUGAGAACUUCAGCCAGACUUAUAACUCCAUGUUUCCAUGAAGUUUAUUCAGAACUAAGAAAUCAAAAAAGACGUGCACAUAAAACAAAAUAAGAAUGAACCAACCUCAAAAAAAUGAAAACUAUCAUCUGAACCACUUUCCUUUUUGAGAUCCUGGGCAACCAGCAGAACGACGAGAGCGUCGUCACAGGCACCGGAGGAUCUCCUUCGUUGACCAUGCAGAUUCUCGACGGACACGGAGUCGAUGGCGCGCCGCUUUCUCGGGCCGCCGUCGGCCAGAGAAUCACUCUUGAUAUCGUUCUCAAGAAUACAGGUCAGUAAAAAAAAACCUUUUUUUCGAAAAAUAAACUAAAAAUAUUGGGAGACUGCAGUAAAAAGUGGAGAGUCGUUGAUUAAUUUAGAAAGUCAAAAUUUCCAAUCUCGUCUCAAUUUAAUACUGACAUCCGAGAGAUUCAAGUGGCCUCUUGAACAGUUUUAUUCUUAAGCGCUUCAAUCCUUCCGUAAGUAGUCACUUAAGUGGAUCAUCAAGCUCAGAAUUUACUUUUUCUGUUGAAUAAAUCAACUUUUAGCUUCUUUUUGCCUUUUUAGAGCCUUGACCCACCCUUGAAACUAGUUCAAGGUCUGAAGUGAUCUCAAACGAAUUUUAAAAAAAGUUAGAAAGACUAAUUUAACUUCAAAAAAAUUUUUUUCCAGCGAUCUACGACUUCUACGUUCACUCCUGCUACGCUCACGACGGCAGUAACACUCCAGACGCCUCUAUCAACAUUAUCGACUCCAAUGGGUUCGUUUUAACAUUUUUUCAAAUUAAGUAUUGGCUCUCAGAAACUCAGAAACAUCAUUGGACUUUUGAAAAUUUCGCUCAUUUCAUAAGAAAGGUGAUCUUGCUCUUUUAAACGCCAGUAAAUCCUUGAAACUUUUCGCAACGAUCUGCUCAACUCCUAUUUGUCGAAAAAAAAAACUCUUGGUCAAAGAAAACCAUUAAAGACUGAAAAAAGGUCCUUCAAGGGUUACUUCAAAAACACUAAAGUGGCCCCUAAAACCACCUCUAUUGAAGCCAAUAUUUUGUGUCUUUAUGGCCACUUAAGAGGUCCCUCAAGGGCUACUUUGAAAGAACACUAAAGUGUCCACUAAACCACUUCUAUAGAAGCCACUAUUUUGCGUUUUUAUGGCCACUACUAAACCACCAAAGUGUUUUUAGCGAUCUAGUAGUACCACUAGACUUCUGAAGAGUCAUAGACCACUAAAAGGACCACUAAAACGUUAAAAUCCCAAAGUGACCGCGAAAAUCCCCCCUUAUCUGAGCCUUUUAUUCAAAAAAGCAGCCUGCGCUGAGAAAUCAACAAAAAGCGUGGGAAAGCACUUUGACCGACGGCCACGAGGUUCCGAUCGGAUCUGAUGUGAUCAGCAGACAACAGGCCGUCGAUCACAAACAAUUUCUUUUCUUCCAGGUGCGGCGUCCGUUUGUCGCGAGCCGUCGAUGUGCCCGUUCUUUCGAACCAGCCGACCGGCGUCUCUGAUGCCAAACACGUGUUCCUCUACAUGUCAGUUGACAGCCUUACCUUACCUUUUGAUCGGUCAUAGGAUUAUCAAGUGUGUUUUUCAUAGGUGCUAAAGUUCUUCAGAGCGGAAAACAAGGUUCAAGAUUUUGAAACUAAAAUUGAUAUCCGACCUUUUUGCGUUUUUUUACAGAUUCGAAGGAUAGAAGGUUUUGCAGGUUCUUAAAUUAUUUUUUUUCAGAUUUUUUUUUUCAGAUUUCCCAAAAUUUUCUAAAAUGCCCUUUUAUACUGACUCAACUGUUUCAUAAAUUAAAUGUCUGAAAAAAAUUUUCUAUUUUUUUAAACUCUAUGAAAAAAAUGUUAGAUUGAAAUUUUUCAAAGCAAGAAUUUUUCAAGUUAGAAGCUCAAAAGUCACUUAAAAAAAUCACAAAAUUCGCUUCUCUUUUUUCUCGAAUACGCUGAAAUCUCGAUGCUACGAUCUCUACGCAUUCAUUGAGUUUUCAAAUUUUGAAUGGAACAUUAAAAAAUGGCGAAAAAUCUUAUAACCUUGAAAUUGCCAAAGAAAGGUCGCAAAGCCGUUUUUUGUCCCGAAAAGUGGUCUGAACUCAGUUUAGCAACCGAAAAAAAUUCCAGUUCUCUUUUUAAAUGCACCCCCUUGACUCUUGUUUCUCUUCAGGUACGGAUUCCAGUUCACUUCCAACAACUUUGUGCACUUUGAGUGCCAAGUGAGGCCCUGCGUGCACUCUUGUCAUCGCCAGGUCAGCCGCUCUUUCUUUUCUCUUUUCCUUGAGUCCACGGAACAACGUGCAAAACGAUCGGUUGUAUGGCAAUUGUUCUCUGGACUCACCUUUGGGUCCCAGUGAAGAAAGAAGCAACUUCCAGAAAUUUUCAUUAUUUUUUCUAUCGGAUUAAGUUACUAUUGUUCACUAAAAAAACUAUUUUUUUUCAUGAUGAUAAGCCUUGCAGAGGCGCAAGACUGUAUUUAUUAAAAAUAUAGUUUGAAUAAAGGAAGUUUUGAAACUAUUUUUCCCAAAUCCUUCUUGCUUGGUUUUCCAUGAUUCAACUUCCAAAAAGCAUUUCAAAAAAAUAAAUAUAAGAAUUGAAUUCAUUCAAAGACUUUUUUUUAUAAACUUUUAUUUAUAGCGAUAUAACUUUAAUGAGAAAAAUCAUCGAAUUAGGAAAUAAAUACAAUCAGAAAAAAAGCCUUACUCGAAACAGUAAAAUGAAAGGAACUGCAGCAAUGCGAGCCGGACGAUGAAGCUGAGAAGGUGCCGCUGAUCCCGGCUCUUCGGAAACGACGCGACGAACGGAAAUUAGCGACUCUUCACCUGCAAACUGUGCUGGAAAUUGAGCCACAGUCCGCCUCUAAAGCCGCCUUGGGUGAGGAUUCUUUUGAAUUCAUUUACUGGUAGUGAAAAAGAUGAAUAAGUCAGUUGAAAUUUUUAUUUGAAACCAUUAUCCGGUUGACUAAAAGAAAAAUUGGGCUCAGAAAGGGACUUUUUUUCGAUCGGUAUUCCUCAUAAUCAAUAAAAAAAUUUUUUUACGAGAGGAUUUUUUUCAAACUUUCUUUUCACAACUGAAUUUCUUUCGGAAUUUUUAUUGACGGGGUUUUUUUCUUUUUUUCACGGUUCAUUAUUGCCUUUAAAAAAAGCUUCGAAAUAUUUAUAUGAGGUAUAUUUUCCGUUUCCGAAAAAAAUUUCUAACAAUUGAUCUUUUUUUCAAUGAAAUUUUGGCUUUAAAAUCAUGUUUAAAAAAAUAGAAAAUCAUCUUACCCUCCAAGUUCGUUAGAAAGAACUUAGAAAGUUCGCUUAUCACAUGAAAAUUUAUCAUGAGCUCACAACUUCAUAACAUUAUCAAGUUACAGUUUGGGAAGGCCCCGACCCCGAAUCUUCGUGUCUUUCCGCGACUUCCCUCGGAUUCGCCGCAGUUCUUUUAUGUCUUUCAACAGCUUCCAUUGUCUGUCUUCUCCACUCAAAACGACGAUAUUUCUGCUUCUCAUGA